AUGGUGCUGAGCCCGGGUGCCUUUGUUCUUCAUGGAACGGAAUGGACAAAACAGGACGAACAGAACAGGACGGACAGGACAGGACAGGACGGACAGGACGAACAGGACGGACAGAACGGGACAGAGCAGGAAAAGACAGAGUUCGUGAUGUUUGAUAACAGUUCGGUGUCGGCCUUCUCUAUUGCCAUGACACUCAUGAGGUUGAACUCAAACGUGGCCGUCUGUGGCUACAGCCAAUGA